GUUCCGGAUAUUGAGGCGCUCUGCGGACUGACUUAGUGCCUGUGUGUGUGUGUAAAAGGAGGAGAUGCAGAGAGUUUUCUCUUUGCUGGGACCGUAACAGCAGUGUCUUCCUCCUGAACCAUUUACAGGAAUAAGCCAGUGAGCCCUAGACAGGGACAGAGACAGAGACAUGCCGUCCUUCCCCCGGCUACAGAGUCCUCUCUGGGCUGCACCUUUCCUCUUGCUCCUAGCCCUGUCCCAACCCCAGGCUCCUGCAGAUCGAAUUGAAUUCAAACUUGGAAGAUUUCAACAGAUCACAUUAUUUGAGAACAAGACAUUUGUUGUCUUUUUGUCAAACAUUCCUGUGGAUGUGACAUUCAUCAUCAUUCAAGUGCACACCAAAUAUGUUAAUACACUUCUUUCCUUUCAUAAGAUUACUACAAGAGAAACUUCAACUGGUCAAGACCCUGCCUUGCUGCAAAGUCUAAAGCCAGAGGAGACUGCGUUGAUGUGGUAUCUACGAACACCAAUGGACAACACCUCUGCUAUGUCUGUCAUUCUCCCGUACAAAGCAAGAGCAGAUCCUGUCCCAGGUGGAUGUAGCAUGGCAUCUGAUUUGACAGUUGAUGCCCGUGUGCACUUGCAGUACAACCUGUAUGAAGCCACAAUAAGUUUUGCACCAGCCAAUGUUGGAUAUGCAAGGGGAACUGUUCCCCCAUUGUGUGACUUUGCUGAAGAGCCCACGUUGAGACUGCAGUAUGAUGUCUAUCAGUAUUUCCUACCAGAGGCUGAUCUGACUGAAAAGCUCCUCUUUGCCUCCCUUCAGAAGAUGGCGAAGGUAGAUCAUGUGGAAACGAAUGGAGUCAAGCUUUGCAGUCUGGGUGCACGAGAUAAGACGAGUGUAACAGUAUCAUCCAUUCCUGGCCAAGGGGUGAUUUAUAAUGUUAUUGUAAAGGAUCCGGAGAUGAAGACAUCGGCAGCUUAUACUCCAGCUCACACCUACGGCUGCAGUUUCACAGAGAAGCUGGAUAACUGCUAUAGUCUGAAGCGAACUUCAACAAGAAUAUUUCUGGUUUCUGUUGGGCUCGUUGGAUUAUUUAUUUGCUUCUUUGGGCAUCGCUACCUAAAGACGGAAUUAUUCUUCUUUGGAUUCCUUCUGGUGGGAUUUGUCUCCUUUGUCCUCCUGACCCAGAGGAGUGCACUGCAUUAUGAUGUUAUUUUGGGGUUGGUAGCAGUGUUGGGAUCUGUCGGUGGGAGUCUGCUGGUGAUGUGUUGGUGGCGGUCUGGCUCUGUUGUGCUGUGCGCACUGGUCGCUGGCUUGCUCCUGGGAUUGUUGCUGUCAUCGUUGAUGUUCUUCACACCAUUGGCAAAUGUUAAAGUUUUUGAUGAUGAUGCUGUCUUCUGGGUGACCUUCUCUAGUGUGGCAUUGCUUGUCCCACUGAUAUUCUUCAGCUGCCCUAGACCAUUGAACAUUCUGGCCUGUGGAUUUGUUGGCUCUUACACAGUGAUUCUAGCCAUUCACAACUUUGUGUUCACCAGCCUCGCCUACAUCACACUAAACAUUGUCAAGCGAGCACUUCAUGGCAACUUCAAGGCUGCCUUCACAAACGUACCCUUCCAAACGAACGACUAUAUUUUAAUAUCAGUGUGGGUAGUCUUACUGGUAAGUGGAGUAGUGUUCCAGUUCCACCGUGAGAAGGAGCAACCCAGAUUCCCACCUCAUCCGUACAAAACCUGGAAACGAGACCGAGAGCGUCGACAAACUAACGUCUUGGACCCCAGUCACCACGUCCCACCAAUCGGGGAUCGGAUAAAGAGUGCACUGACUGAUGUCAAGCAUCUGUUCACCAAACAGCAGUCUGCAGGAGAACAGACCCCAUUACUCCUGUAGACUCCAACCCACUGCCAGUGAGGGACAUCGCUGUAUCUGUCUAUGACUCGGCUGUAUCUGUUUGUUUGGUCACGAGUCACGUUUGUGCAGAUCUGCCAAAUUGUUUUUGACAUCAAGAAUUUGAAUGGUGGGCUCUCUUAAAUCACUGUUAAUUCUGUUACAAGAACAUUUUGUUUUCCAUCUUUAAUGUGCCAGAAACCAUUGGAGUGGUUUAAAGGAUUGACUGAAUCCUACCUUGUAACUCAAGAUUAGCAUGAACUGAGCAAUUGGCUGCUAAAUGAGUACAAGCCCUGCACUGAUUCCAUUUUUGAGAAUUUGUUUGUUUUUUGAAUUUCGGUUCUUGUCUGGAAGUUACGGUGACAGGACACGUUACUGAUACAAAUGGUCCCAUCUUUAGUUAUCUGCACCUUGUUACAGAUUGCUUUUUUUAAAAAGAAAAAAAUGAUUGUAUCCUGGGGAAAAUGAGGAAAAGUUGGUCCUUCUAAGGAUUCACAUCACCCACUGUUCCAGGAGUUCGUGACAUCCAAACACUUCAGAGCUAUAGAAUAAUGUAGUGGGGAAAAAAAUUCAGACUUGCACAGUGUUCUGCACAUUUUUAAAUACCUCAUUGAAUUCUAGAACAAGAUUCCUGAUAUGAAAAUUAAAUUAACUACAAGAUUGAUUUUUGAGAAGGUUAAUAGUUAUUUUCUUAAAUCAAAUCAACUUUGUUCCACAGUAUUCACUUAGUCCUAAUGGAUUGUUUUCUGGGAGACUACUGUCCUAUGACUGAGAUUAAAUAUUUAUAACCUGAAGCUUCCUAAUUGAGCUCAUUUUGGCUGAAUUAAAAAUAAUCAUGCAAUUUCCUCAAAGAUUCCUGUGCCCCUAGAACUGAUGGAAUAAGUUAUCCACUUGUAGCUUGUUUAUCCAUUAUUAACUCAUUUGGGUGGACAAAGGUCAAAUUAAACCACUUCCUUCCAGUAAUCAGCCUUAACACCACCUCCUGAGGCUACAUGGAUUGGGCAAAAGGAGACCAUUUUACAGAUCGUACAUCAAUGCAUUGGCUUUAAUUUCCACUAAAAUAAAGAGCAAGUUUUCAAUUUGAAAAUAUUUAAACAGCUGGAGAUGUGUUGAAUUAGGAUAUUCAUCGCAACUAUACUGGGCUACAACCGAACAUGGUGGUCCUGAUCGAACUGUGUGUAUAAUAGGGUAUGGGUCCAUUUUACAUGUAAAUGAAGCAUCCUCUAGUCUCUAAUUGGUUAAUACUUGAAACCAUGGGUGUAGUUUGUAAGUGUUUUAUA